AUGACUGUUACUAACCUUUUUAUAAUCCUAAAUUUGGGUUCUGAAAUGUUAUACGUGAUUGACCAACGUUUGAAGGCACAGGCGAUACCGCUGGAUAAGUCAGCUCAAGUUUUACGUGAAAUCACCGAGGUGCUACUGGAUCCUAAAUUUCUUCACUAUAUAUCUACAGCUUAUCAGCAUAAUAUGUUAACUGUACAGCAGACUAGAAUUUUAUUAACAGAUAUCGCCUGCUGUUCUCUUAUGCGCCUUGACGUUAGCUCUAUGGACAAACUCUGGGAUUUGAUGAUUAUGAUUUUCAAGUGGCAAAUGUUUCUCACCAAUAAAAGUUCGCAGGCACUUAUGGAUUUAACUUUCCGCCAUCUGGACGGGAUUGGUCGUCUAAUUCCUGAAAUGAGGAAACAGAUUCUUAUCGAUAAUGUUAAGAAAUCAUUAAUUGAAAUAUGGGAGACACUGUGCGAGGAUGAUCAAACAAUAGUUCAUCGAAAGGUAUAUAAGUGGCUUAAACCAUAUUCAACUAAAAUCUCCAUUUUAAUUCGCAUGGGAUUGCAAAAAUCAAAUGGGGAAUUUGAAACAGCGCUGGAAAACAACAUCUUUUACAACUAUUACAUUAACAAUAUCGGAGAGAAUAUUUAUGCUAAAACAGCAAAUCUUCAAGCCUUAAAAGAUCAAAUCCAUAACAAAGAAAAACAAAAGACAAGUUCUGAACAGAUUCUGGAAGGAAGCCAUGAAAUUGAUAGUCUUGUCGAACAAUUAAAUAUACAUAAUGAUGCUGAUGAAACGAUUGCGACAGAAGCACAUGAAACUAACCUCUCGAAAUCAUGUUCCAUCCAUGGAGGAUUACAGGAGAUUGUAAUUGAUCAGGAUGUUGAACGGGUGACAAACUCUCAAGAAGUGGAACCCAACACAGCUUUAACCGAUGAAGAAAGUAAUCUGGUAAAAUUUAUGAAGAAAAUAAAAAUGGAAAAUAAUGAGCUUGCAGCUAUGGACGACAAAGCUUCAGAUCCCAAUGAAGAAUUACUAAAAAUGUUUGAUCAAGAUUUUGAUUUAAAGGAGUAA